CAUGUUGUGCUUUACAUUCUCAAAGUAGUUAAGGUUAGGUCCAUCUUUCCCAUAACAACAACAAACAUCCUUAUUAUUAUUAUACCUUAUGUUUGACCAUUAAUAAACAUGUAAACCCCAUUAUAUUCAUUCAUUCUUUCUUCUCUACAAAAUUCAUAUUCUUUUUCCAAACAUGAGCUUCACUUUCUGGAUGAACUCAAUUCUUGAAAGGCUUUCUUUGAGGCUACCAUUGUUAUUCUAUGCAGCAACAUGGACAACCCUUUUAACAAUAAUAGUAGCAGUGGCUUCAUUUUCACCGGAAUUUGCUUUUGUAUCGGCGAUAACACCGUCUUCUUCCUUCUCUCAGGCUUGUCAUAAUCAUGGAAAAGGAUCUGUGAGAAUUCCAUUGGAUCUUCCAUUAGAGGUUUUUUGUUUCCCUACUGAGGUGUUUAAAAGGUCUAAACUGGAUUUGCUUGUUCCUCCUAUUUUUGCGGCAACUAUUGUGGCUGUUUCUGCUUAUGCUGUUAAAGCUUUGGCUUUGUGGGAGGUUGAUGAUCAUGAACAAAAUCAAUUUUGACUUCUUUUUUUCUUAGUUUGUAAGUUUUUUGUAUUUGUUAGGAUUUAAUUUUGUCACACUUCAUUUUGAUUCUUUCUUUUGGAAUAGUAAUAUAUUACAGUCUCUAGUUUUAUUUGGUCA